AUGAUAAGAAAAAGUGGAAAAGUUUAUUCAGAAUUCCAAAUCACAAAUUCCAGAUAUGUUUAUAUUAAUUCCUAUUCAUAUACAGAAGCAUUAGUCUUUUAUGGCGUUUAUUUCAAAAAUUAUGUUUCACCUCUGGAAUUUUCAGUUAGUGAUGGCCCAAUUUUGACAUGUCCUCAAAUAUUUGAUACAGAUACAUUACAUCGUUAUAAUAACAAAAUUGUAUGGGGUCAAGAAAGAAAACAGCUAACAUUUGAUACCAAUGGAAUGUACAUUUAUCCAAGAGAAGAACGUAAGUAUGCGAUUUACAUACCAGAUCUUUCACAAUUAAAAAUUGAAUACUUAUAUUUGACAAAUGGAGCUCCAUUAAUAAAUCCUAGUGUUAAUAAUCUUUUCUUGUUUAGAGGGAUAACAAUUAAAAGUCUCUCGGAUUCUCCAAUCACCCAAUAUUGUGGUUUUUGGGAAGUUAAUGAUUGCAGAAGUCUAUCACUUGUUGUUGAUGGUCAAGGUUAUAUGUUUUCAGUUGAUACAAGUAGUACCGCGUGCUUUUUAGUAUACUCAGACACCAAAACAUCAUAUAACCAAAUUAGUAGUAAUGGAAAUAUUGUCCAAAUAUCUAAUCCAGAUUUUACGUAUAAAUCAACGGAUUCAUAUCCUCAGAUUUCCUCAGUUGAGAGUAAUACACCAGGGGUUUUUAUAAAAUUAUAUAACGCGGAAAAUAUUAAGCCAUCUCUUAUUGGUGCAUACGCUGCUGGUUCAACUCCUGUUGAUAUAGCUCAUAAUACUGUUGCAGGAACAGAUUCAAAGAUACAUAUAGAUGUUAAUAAGUACCAACCAUAUUAUAUUACCUUCUUGAAUAGACAAUAUUUUAGAUUCAUUAAUGACUCCAGACCAGAACUGUCUUAUUAUAAGUAUUAUCAACAUUCAAAGCAAUUUUACGUUGAAUCAAUUGAUGGACAACCACAUAGAUAUGCAAUUGUUCCAUAUAACGAAUUUUAUUAUAAUUUAAUUGAUUGUUCAUUUUAUUAA